CUCUUUCUCCCUUGAACUUUGCUUCUUCAACUCUCCUAGAUCGAUAUUUUGCCUUUGCGCCGCAACCGCAGAUAUAAUAAUCCUCGCCAAAGACAAUCAACUGAGUGAAAUGUCGUUGGGCCGUUGUAAGCGUGACGACCCCGGAAAGUGCAUUAUCUCUGUAUGCAACGAUCAGGGUGUAUUGACCCUGCAUAAAAAUGAAAGCUGUCUACCCCGCCUAUCCCUUUUUCAUGAAUGCUUUUUGCAAUGUCUCGCAUAG